GGGAGGGGGACCGGCCUCGUCUGCUAUACUUGACCGUCGCGGUUACAAAAUAUUCAUCAUGAACGACAAAAUUGACAAGCUGGUGACUCAACUCAAAGCAGCAGACGUAGAUGCGCGUGUCGACGCAGCAAGUAAGCUUCAGGCCGAGUUCGAAGCGGGAACUGAGAUACACGACCCGGAAACGCUCAUCAACAAUUUCAAGAUAUGCCUCCGCACCGCGAAUCAACACCUCCAAACUGCCAUUCUAUCCGCUUUGCCACCCCUGCUUCCGUUGCUGGUCACUCGUCGGCUGGGUAAUACUGGCUCCACCGCGUCCUUAGGCGCUUCGACGUCGUCUGCUGCAUCCGCAAGCCCUGCCUUCGUGGACCCCGUCACCUUGCGACAAGUCCUGAACGCGCUUUUGGCGAGCGGAGGAGCUAUUGAUAGACUUGGCGACGCGCGCGAGAAAGCACGAGAGAAAGCUUCAGAGACCAUUGUUAUUCUCGGCGGAUUUGCUUUCCGCUGUGGCGCGACGGGGAACGCGUUGUCAAGGUCGAGGGAUUCGAAGGGCCCGGAAACCCCUCUUAUGAUGUUUGAACGCCUGCUACGAGAAGUUGGCCUUUCUAGUAAGGUCUGGCGAGUGCGCGAGCAGUCCAUGCUAGUCCUUGUUCGCAUUCGUCGCGCGCAUCACAUGUUUCCCAUCCGGCCAUACCUUCCACUGCUCAUCUCCGCUCUGGAAGACACAGAUAGCACCGUUCGAGAAUGCGCACGCCAGUCCGUUGUGGAAUUGUUCACAGGCCCGGGCAUCACUGACGCAGCGCGGACCGACCUGAAGAAGGAGAUGACAAAGAAGAACGUGCGCAAACAGAUUGCUGAAUCGGUACUGCAGCGAGUAUUGUCAGGCUCCACGAGCGAAAGAGCCGUCACGCCUCAUAGCGAUCGCGGCGGGUCAGAUACCGGCUCAGAUCCGCACCCCGCCAAAGAUUAUGUCCCUCCAAGCAUGCGCUUGGUGGGAGUUUCAAACGGCCGGCCAACAAGUGCGUCGUCCAAUAGGCCUGCUCCUAUCGGACGGACAGUCAGUCAACCAGCAGUGCGGCCACAAAGCCGUGCUGCCCCCGGCCCACCAGCUGUUCCCACUCCCGCCGCGAGCGAGCCGGUGCAAACAUCCUCAGGGUCCGAGGUUCCAGUUGUCUAUAUUGCAUCAAGCAAGGACCUAGAAACCGAACUCACCUCUAUGUUAUCCGCUUUUGAGGGCAAGGAAACCGAACAUAACUGGGCACCCCGGGAACGCGCUAUCAUUCGCAUACGCGGUAUGCUCAAGGGCGACGUCCACCUUCGCUACGCGGAGACGUUCUUGGCUCAUCUCAAGAGCAUCAUCGAUGCUUCGUUCAAGACGCUGGCAAGCCUGCGUACAACCGUGGCAUCACAUACCUGCUCGCUAUAUAGCGAAUUGGCUCUAAAGCUCGAGACGACGCUCGAUCCGUACUGUGAACCAUUGUAUACCCAUCUUUCUCCUAUGGCGGGAUUUACCAAGAAGAUCGCUGCACAACAAUCACAGACGGCCUUUUCCACCAUCAUCUCCCACACGUCAGCUCAUCCUCGCACACUCAUACCCCUCCUUUUGCACAUGAUGCAGGACAAGAACACACAAACAAGGUCAUACGCUGUAGCCCACGUCAAGACAUACAUUGAAGUACAUGGGUCCCGGUCCAAACACACCGUGGAAGCAGCUGGUGGACACGAAGUGCUGGAAAAAUGCGUACGUCGGGCGCUUGCAGACCCCAACGUAGGUGUGCGGGAAUCCGCGAGGAUCUGUUUCUGGACCUUCGAGAACACAUGGAACGACCGGGCUGCUGCCAUCAUGCGCUCGUUGGACACGAUAGCACAGAAGCAACUACACAAGGCCUGCCCAAACCCUGAAGGCAAAGCCGUGCUAGUGCCUGCUUCAACACCGCCCCCCGCCAAGAAGAGCAGCCUAGCGGCCGCCAUCGCUGCGAGCAGGGCGAAGGCGAAGGCCAUUGCAAACGCCCCGCCCACGCUGAUGCACCAGGCAACGUCCGCAUCGCAUGCGAUGCGAGCCACCUCGCCCCCUCUGAGGCGGGCGGAUUCACCAUCAUUGUCCAACGAGAGCGCCGGUUCUCCACGAAGGUCGUCCGGACUCAUGCGAUCGCCUGGCGCAGGCUCAAGCCAGUCGCCCCCGCGAGCUCGUGUCGCAUCUGCUUCGACGCGGACCAUGAGUGGGCCCAUUCCCUUGGACCACUCUCGAUCCGCUUCGGGGAUUUCGGUUCGCAGCCCGUCCUCACCUCCUGUAGACACCACGACAAGAUCACCACGGAGGACGUCAUCCGCCAUGACAAGUCCAGAUCGGACUUUGCAGACAGCCGCUCAGACAGCGUUGCCCCCAUCUCCUCCGAAUAAAACGUUGCUGAAGAUGCCCGCUCGCACGCCUCCAAGGCCCUCCAUAUCCACGAGCAUGUCGGCACCGUCGGGAAUGUCCCUUGCAUUCGGGGCAGGGAUGGAGGAAUCCUUGCUGAUGGCCACGAAGAUUCCGAUCCCCGAAGACGAGAUGGAAGACUUGGAGGACCCGACGCUGUCCACACCGCAACAGGCCCGACACCCACACCCUCCUUCAGCGCCGAGUUCGCAAGCGUUGUCAUUAUCUCCGCCCUCGGAUGGCUCUCUCCGACCGUUGUUUGCCCAUAGCCCGUCCGGAGGAUUGGUACGCGUUCUUUCAGAACCGGUUGUCGAGGACGCUUUGCGCGCAAGGGCUGAGCAAGCAGAAAGUGCUGCGGAGAGGCUGCUGGAACUGGUGGAACCUGAGGAGGAUGGACCUCAUGCUUUCACCAUCCCCCAGUCAUUGCUCAAUGGCUCCGCCACCCCGAAAUUGAAGCAGGCUCCUGGCAUACCCGGGCUCCCGCGAGUCGCUGCGCCUUUUACCCCGCUUAAUCGUGCAGCGUCUAUCAUGAAGCAAGCAGCUAUGUUUCAGGACAGUCCUGCGCAGAACGGGCACUCUCAGCCUCUACUCUUUAACGUUCUUGAUGAGAGAAAACACGAGACAAGUUGGUGGCUCAAGCGGAUGUCUUUGAUCCAACAUGGGACGCCGUUGAAAGCUGUCGAGACUGAUGACCGCAUACAUGAGCUCACUCGAUAUAUAUCGGCUCUCGAGGAAGGCGAGGCGGACAUCGCCGUACUUCAGAAGCUUGCUCUACUCUCUGUCGAGAACCCGUGCUCUGACUCCAUGUCGCCUGUCACAUCUACUGGCUCCCUGGUGGAUCCCAUGAGCCCUUCACCGUUCAUGGGCAGCUCACGCUCGUUACCAUCACUUUUCAUAGAUAUGUGGAGUAAGGGUAAGAACUUUGACCGGCUUUUCAGAGCCCUUAUGAACUAUCUGGAGUCAAAGCCAUCGAAGGGGGAAUCAGAGCUUGAAUAUGCGUUGAUUGUUGUUUACGAGUUGCUUGAACACCAAACGUCUCUCUUAGAUGGAUAUGAAUCGGACCUUUUCACGGCAUUGCUUCGCGUCCGAUAUUGCAACAAGCUGAAUGUAUUAGAAGCAACCAACGCCGUUCGAGAUGCGCUCGCGAGCCGCACUGAACCCGUCUACGGCUUGACCACGAUACAUGCUAGCCUCCGAGCGUUCCAAGCGGAACCUGUUCCCGCCGGUUCCGCGCCUGAGGUGAAAGCAAGCACAUACGCGUUCGGGCUUAUGGCUUUGAGUAAAUUCAUCGUCCGUUUACCAGCGGAGGUCCUUGAGGAGGAGCUGCCGCGACUCAAGAAUACUCUCAUUUCUGCAUUGAGUGACUCAUCAUCUCUCCUGGUUCGCGAGUCCGCCGCAGCUUCGAUAAUCGCCGCGCAGCUCGUCUUGCGAGACGAAGCCCAUCUGUUCAGCCUUCUUGAUGACCUAGCGGACGAGAAGAAGAAUCUGUUGACAUACCUAUUCGACAAGCACGGUGCGCGCGGCGGCGCGGGCUCCAAAGACCCGACGGGAGCGGACAGGCUCCACAAGGAAAUGAGCCGACUGGACACUCGCACAAGCACGCCCCCGCGCACGUCUACUGUAACCGUCUAAGUCUACUCAUGACGCUUUGCUGCGGUCUCUAUAUCG